AUGCUGGGAAUGUCACGAUCCUCUCAGUCCGCGCUCGAAGAGCUAAAGGAGUAUGGGGACGCCAGCAAGGCUCAUUGGGUGAAAUGCGACCUCGAAGAUCUCAAGCUCACGGAGAAGGCUGCCAAUGAGUUGGCGAGUUCUCAAGAGCAGCUCGAUGGGCUCGUUCUCAACGCCGGCCUUGGUGUGGGAGUCUACAACGAGACCAAAGACAAACUCGAUUCGCACUACCAAGUUAAUCAUCUUUCGCAGUUUCUGCUGUUGCUGAAACUUGUUCCCCGACUGCAAAACACUCCAGGAUCCCGUGUGGUUUUCGAGUCAUCAGAGUUACACCGUGGUGCUAACGCCGAGGUGCAAUUCGAAAACGAAGCCGAGAUCAAUUGGGACAUUGGGCCUACCAAGCUCUACAAUCAAACUAAGCUUGCUCAGAUCCUGACGAUGCGGGCCCUCCAGCGCCGCAUUAAUGCCAGCUAG